AUGGUGACCCACAUCUCCGUGCGAUUUUACCGCAUCUCCGUGCGAUGGUACCGUAUCUCCGUGCGAUGUGCCUCGGGAGCGGUAGACACCGCCGGCGGCGCCAUAACGGCAGAGAGCGCGCCGAGUGUUGCUCAGCGCGGCGCAAGGGACGAGCAGGGUCGCCGCCGCGAACUCGUUUCGAAAUCGAGCUGCGAUAAAGCGAGGAAUAGGGAUUGCUCGAUUUCGGUGUUUCUUUUCAUUAAACGGAACAUGAACCAAAGGGAGCAGAAUGUAUGCGAGAAUGCCCGUGCGAACACGAUUCGGGAAUGCGACUCUUGGGGCUACUG